AGUAGUUUAUUAAUAUCUUUUCUAUUUCAUGCGAGUAUUUUGGCAGAUGAUCAGUCGGAUUAUAUGGAUAAAGUUUUGACUACAACUGCAGUCAUCAAAGCUCUUUCACUUAGGACCUUUCAUUCUUUUAGAGCUGUAAAAAGUGGUUUGCAGUAUGCUAUUGAGACAAUGGUUGAUGAUUCCAUCGACACUGAAAAUGUUUUAUUUGAUUUCUGCAUUACUAAUUUUCUUAUGGCUGUACCGGACGAAAAAGAUAUUUUAUCCAAUACAGGGAUUCCAGCUUACACAUUAAUAGAGGAGCCAGCGGAAAAUCCAGGACGAAUGAAUAUUUAUGCAGAUAUCACUCAUGACCCAACGCAAAAAGCCAAUUAUUUUCUCAAUCUCAUGACACAUUUCAUAAAUAAAAUAAGAGGAUAUAGUGAGGGUAUGACUUAUACUACUGAUUGUGGAACAUUGGAAGAAAUUGCAAACGAGAGAAGAGAACGUGUUGCUUCAGCUUUAAAUGGUAUUAUCAGACGUCGCAUAUUAGGUGAAUCUGAUGAUGAUGAGGCCUCUUUAUCACAGAAGUGUUAUUAUCUAGGAUUAUACUUGAGUACCCAAUCUCCACAAUCUUACAUAAAAGAAGUUAUUAUUGACUCAACUAGCGAUACAUGUAUCUUCAUUGAGAAAAAUAAUGACCAAAAGAGGUACGGGAAAAUCGGUGACAUAUGGUCAGAAAUAAACUCAGAUGGCCAACCAGGAGAAUCACUCGUGCGACUGUUACAACUUGGACAUCCACAAGAUCCACCCACGCAGGCCACACCCUAACCUAAUGUUAGGAAAAAACUGGCAUCUAUAUUCUUUUAUUUUAUUAUAUAAUAAUUAUAUUAUUUACCAUAUCAUUGUCACUUUUUCAUUAUAAUAUCUAAAAUAUAUACAUAUAAUUAAGCUGACGGAAAAAACUGUUGGUGGAUU